CAGAUUCAUUUAUUUCACGAUCUCAUGACGUGGAACCUUAUCCUCCGUCCAUUCUGUUUGUGCCUCCCCCACUUAUUUUUAUACAAUUUUCUCCGCUUUACAAAUUAUUUUUCGACCCAAAAGAGGGAAAAUAUCAAAAAAGAGAGAAAAAAAAAAUUCUCCCUUUCGUCUUCUUCAUCAGCCAUUGGUGUCUCUCUCAUCUCUCUCUAGUUCUGUUUGCAUUUUCAUAGGCAAAGAACUGCGUCUCCGAUGUCUCCGUGAACCCUGUUCCAGAAUUUUAGAAAAUCGCCGGAAAAUUCUCUGCAAACAGAUAAUAUUUUUCCCUCUUCUUAUUCCCUUGCUAGUUCAAUGGCCUCUCAUGUCCCAAACCCUUCUCAAAGAACCAUUGGAGAUAUGAAGAAGGACCUCAAGGUGGAUCCUCUCGCAAAGAUCACCGGCCCGGUUUCUGCAAAGGAGAGAAGCCAAUCCGACAUGCCAUCUCGUGUUUCUUCAUCAGGAGAUGCAAAAGAUAGUUUUCCUGAAGGUGAUGCAGACUGUGAACCUCUAGAGACAUACCAAGGCUUGCCCUGUCCUUAUGGUGGCUACUAUGGAUUCUACUAUCCCAGUUCGGUUCCUCAGACCGAUAAGAUCGAAGCCAAGGAUCAAGGAUACUACGGUUAUGGAACAGAACUUCAAUACCCGGGUAUGCAAGGAGAAAAUGGCUCUUUGAUCUACUUGAUGCCAGGAAUCCAACCUUAUGAUGUUAGCAACACUUACAUGCCCGUAAGCCCUAUUGGUGUCGACACUCAGUACAUGAGCCAGACGCUGCAUUCAUCUGCUCUGAUGAUUACAGCUAAUGGAUAUAUACCGAACCCCUAUGGUUAUGGAGAUACUAUGUCACCAACGUACUGGUGGAACCCAUCUCUUCUUGCCGUUGAUGGCACGUUUGGAGAUGCGUAUGGAUAUGGAUAUGGCGUGGUUGCAAAUUCUCCGGGCACAAGACAGAACAUGUCGUCUUCGAGUAAUAACCGUGGUCAUCACUCGAGGAACAAGGCAACAGACUUCUCUUUGAAUGGCUUGCCGGGUCAGGGCAUAGGUCAUCAGCUUAAAACUCCGAGCAAGGUGGUGCAGAACGGUUCAGCUCUCCAACCAGAUGUACAGGGAAAAGGGCACUUACCAUUAACGGCAUUCCCACUGUAUAAUCAAGAAAGAGGCGGAACGUACCACCCAACAGAUGCUACAGGGAGAAGUGCUGGAGCUUUUGAUUGGUCUGAAACCGAGAAGGCGAAAGCAAGAAACAAGGUUAAUGGUAGUGCUAUAAGCGAGUUUGCUAAUGGCCAAGCUCAUCUUACCAAUGGAGGAAAUGAUCCUUGUUCCCUGACCGAUGCCGGGAAUGAGAAAAGCAACUUGGCAGCUUCUGCUAUCAGACGGGAUCAAUAUAACCUUCACGACUUUCAGACCAAAUAUGAUCAGGCUUAUUUCUUCGUGAUCAAAUCCUACAGCGAAGAUGACGUUCACAAGAGCAUCAAAUACAAUGUCUGGUCCAGUACUCCCAAUGGUAACAAAAAGCUGGACAAUGCAUACCAAGAGGCUCAAAAGAGGAUUUCAGAGCAAAGUGGCAAGUGCCCGGUUUUCCUUUUCUUCUCGGUGAAUGCAAGUGGCCAGUUCUGCGGUGUGGCUGAAAUGACCGGCCGAGUGGAUUUCAAGAAGAGCAUGGAGUUUUGGCAACAAGAUAAGUGGACGGGUUAUUUUCCCGUCAAGUGGCACAUCGUCAAAGACGUCCCCAACCCGCAGCUACGGCACAUCAUACUGGAGAACAACGAAAACAAGCCCGUGACCAAUAGCAGAGACACGCAAGAGGUGAGGUUGCCUCAAGGGAAUGAAAUUCUGCACAUCUUCAAGAACUACAACGCAAGGACCUCCAUAUUAGACGACUUUGAUUUUUACGAGAGCCGGGAGAAGGUGAUGCAACAGAAGAAGCUGAGGUCCCCAGUUCAUAAUGCUGCUCAAAUAAAGACAGAAGACUUGGUCGCUGGUUUCCAGGCAAUGGACAUAUCGACAGGCAAAGCUGUUGAAGCAGAAGGGGGAAACAAAGACAAAAAUUGAAGGGAGCAAACAGAUGGGUGGGAUGAACUAACAAACAAGUAGAAGCAGUGGUUGGUCUUUUAGAAUCAAAGCCAUCAACUUGGAGGGCAUAAAACAAGAAAGCUGAAGACUUUCUGCUCUGAUUCUUGAAAAAGUAUAAGACAUGGGCCCAUUGGUGCUAUAGGUUUGAUCCGAGUGCAGGCCGUCUGAUUGUUUCGGCUGUCUAUUGCUUUUUUUUUUUGUAACCAUGGAAAUUUGCUUCACUUUUGCCAGUUGGGGCUUCAGAUCAGAUGAUUGGAUGUGUUUCUGAUUUGUUUGUGCUCGUUGUAUCAUAAGGCAAUGCCCCAGGUUUUUAUGAACAGUGGUGUUGGAAGGCAUAAGGAAAGAUUCUGUAGCCUGUGUACUCUGUUUGAGAAAUUUGAACAAUAAAGAAUAGCAUUUUUUU